AUGGGAAUCCUAAGUAUCUACACCAUGCUGAGACAAAUGCAGCUGCGCUGGAGUGGCCACCUGGUGCGCAUGGACAACGAGCGACUACCCAAACGACUCUUUUACGGAGACGUCGCGACGGGUUCUCGCCGCCAAGGAGGUGAAAUUCGAAUAUACAAGGAUACCCUGAAGUCCUCCCCGAAGUGUCUGCAAAUUAACCCGAUAACCUGGGAAGACGCCGCCCGCGAUCCACUGACCGGGACGAAGACAGUGAAGACAGGUGCUGCUAUCUGCGAAGCCAACCGCAUCGCCGCCGCCAAAGUGAAAACCGUAGCACGCAAAUCACAGCUGUGCCCAGUCAGCAACGCCGCCGCACAACCGCUCCCUACGUAUCCUCGAUGUCAACGGACAUUCCGGGCACGAAUUGGACUUAUUGAACACCUCCGGACCAACUAUACCUCUCGGACGACACGAUAA